AUGGGGAAUCAUCGACCAACAACGAGAAGUAAGAACAAGAGGAACAGGAACGACGAGAAUGCCGAGACUACCUCUGAGACUUUUAGGAAGAUUAUUUUAAAUCAAAAGGUGACAGAAGACGAUGUAAAUCAGCUGUACAUGAUCACUAAGCCCGUUUGCCAAGGAUGUCGAGUAAACACCAAGGACAAUCCCAACUGCUUCUGUGGGCUGAUCCCACCUCCCAAUGGGAGUCGGAAAUCUGGUUUGUGGCAGAAGCAAUCAGAAAUUAUAAAUUCCCUUGGCCCCGACCCUUCACAUGAACUACGAGCAUCCUCCGAUACACCAGCAGGACUCACUAAUCUUGGUGCGACUUGCUAUGCGAAUAGCAUACUGCAAUGCCUCUACAUGAAUAAACCAUUCAGAGAAGGUGUUUUUUCUGUUGAGCCUGAAGUUUUAGUUAGGGAGCCCGUCCUGAAUAACCUCGUUAGACUUUUUGCGCUGCUUCAUUCUAGUAAGAUGGCCUUUGUGGAUUCAGCACCUUUCAUUAAGUCCUUGGAGCUAGAUAAUGGUGUGCAACAGGACAGUCAUGAGUUUCUCACCUUGCUGUUUUCUUUGCUUGAGCGGUGCUUGGGCCAGUCGAAAGUUCCCAAGGCAAGAACAAUUGUACAAGACCUUUUCCGUGGGGGUGUUUCGCAUGUUACUAGGUGCUCGAAAUGUGGAAAUGAGUCAGAAGCAUCAUCAAAAAUUGAAGACUUCUAUGAACUAGAGUUAAAUGUUAAAGGUUUGAAGAGUCUAGAGGAGAGUUUGGAUGAGUACCUUAGCAUAGAGGAGCUUCAGGGGGACAAUCAGUAUUACUGUGACGUAUGUGCUACACGAGCCGAUGCCACUCGUAGCAUCAAGUUGCGCUCACUACCUUCUGUUCUGAAUUUUCAGCUCAAGAGAUGUGUUUUCCUUCCAAAUAGAACCACAAGAAAAAAAAUCACUUCAGCAUUUUGUUUUCCUGGAGAACUAAACAUGGGGUGUAGGUUAUCCGAAGGUUCUCAAUUAGAUAUGAUAUAUGAUUUGGCUGCUGUGUUAAUACACAAGGGCCCUGCUGCCAAUAGUGGCCACUAUACUGCCCAUAUAAGGGAUAAGAACACUGGUGAGUGGUGGGAAUUUGACGAUGAACGUGUCACAAACUUGGGUCUACAUCCAUUUGGAUCCGACGUGUCAACUCCUGCAACUAAAGCUGGGCAGAAUAAAGCUGGUCAAAGUGAGGUAGUUGAUCCAUCGCCAUCUACAAGGACGGCAGAUGUUGUGAAUGGAUAUCAUGUUGAUUCUACUCAGAUGCAAUCUUCAGAUUCAAAUGGUGCUGAUCACGAGAAAACAUUUUCAUCCAGUGAUGCCUAUAUGCUAAUGUAUGUUCUUAGGAAUUCAAAGAUGGAUGUUGAGAAAACAGCUACGCUUUCUAAUGAGCAGAAAAUGGAAAUUGGUGGUUCUGUAGUUUCUCAAGAGAUUGAUAGCCCGCCUCCAUCCCAUCUUCUGAAUGAUGUAGAUGAUUUAAAUUUAGAAUAUCUGAAUUCUUGUGAAAAAUACAAGUUAAGGAAGGACUUUGAGCUAGGUCAACUUCUGAAGCGGCGACUAGAGGUGAGGUCAAUCCUUUCUGCAGCCCCAGUAUUAUCUCUUGAGAAACCUUACUUCUGGGUUUCUACUGAGUGGCUGCGUCAAUGGGCAGACAGCAUCAUCCCAUCGUCUAUUGAUAACACAUCAAUACAGUGCGUGCAUGCCAAGGUGCCAGUUUCAAGCAUCAACAACAUGAAGCGUUUGUCAGCUGAGGCUUGGAAAGAAUUAUAUACUAAGUAUGAAGGAGGUCCUACUUUGACCAAAGGUGACUAUUGCAUGGAUUGCAUUUUUGAGAUGGGUCACAAUAUGCAGCGUGCAAAUAUUUAUAGGGAUCAGAGGUCAGCAAUGAGAGAGCUUGCAGAGGCUGCACUCGCUGGGGAACCUUUGGAUGGAAAUUCAUACUAUAUAUCUAAGUCAUGGCUGCUUCAGUGGCUACGCAGGAAAAAUAUUGACUUGCCCUGCGACGCUGAUUCUGGACCUACAGCUUCAAUUAGGUGUCCCCAUGGUGAACUAAUGCCUGAAUUGGCUUCUGGUGCUAAACGUUUACUGGUGCCUGAGCGUCUUUGGGAUUUUGUACACCAAACUGCUAUGACAGUGAAACCUGAUGACUUUAUUGGCUGUUCAGCUUUUCCUUCAAAUUCUGAACCAUGUGCUUCAUGCAGUGUUGAACUUACAGAAGCUGCUUUCUCAGAAGACAGUUUAAGAGUUUUCAAGUUGAAGCAGAGGCAAAACCAUGAAAAGUUGGCCAUGAAUAAAAAUUUUGCUCUUUAUCCGGAUACCAAAUACUUUUUAUUGCCUGCAUCUUGGCUUUCAAAAUGGAGAAGCUAUGUUAAUGCUAGUGGUAAAAACUCAUCUUCUGAAGAGCUGGAUACCCUAGACACUGUUGUCGAUAUGCUUUUAUGCAAGCAGCAUUCUGAGCUACUUGAGAGGCCACCGGAACUCAUCUGGAAGCGUGAACUUAUUUUCCAAAAGUCAGUUGCUGAAGAGGGACUAACUCUCAUUACCGAGGACGAUUGGAGAUUGCUCUGUGAACAAUGGGGUGGUACAGAGUCGAAAUGUAUUUCUGCCAUUAUUGACAUUGAUAGUGGUGUGCCAGAUAAUAACAUUGGGUCUUGCAAAGAGAUGCCGAUCAAUGAGGAGAAUGCAACUAUGUCAGAUGAAGUUAACACAAGCCUGUUUAGCAGGCCAACUGUGAAGACUUAUCCUCAGGUUUGUGAAGCCUGCAUUGGUGAAAGGGAAAGUUCUGAACUAAUGAUGAAACUGAAUUAUAUCAAUGAAGAUAUUUCUGUAUGUUUAAUUAGCGGAAAGGAACCUCCCAAAUCAAUCUUAGAAGCUUCAAGGAGCAUGGCGGAUCCCAGUCGUCGAACUUCCAAGCGAUCAAGGAAAGCAACAAAUGGAAACUUUGUAAAUUUGAAUGUUUCUGGGUCGACAUCCAUUUAUCAGCUGAAGAUGAUGAUAUGGGAAUCCUUUGGGGUUGUUAAGGAAAACCAGAUACUCCACAAAGGUCCAAAAAUAAUUGAUGGGGAAACAGAUUGUCUUGCUGAUGUGAAUAUUUUUCCAGGAGACAUUCUGUGGGUUGCGGAUUCGAAGAUUCAUGAGAAUCGUGAUAUUGCUGAUGAGCUUUCGGAUCACAAUUUGGAUCUUCAAAAGGCAGAAGAAGGUUUUCGCGGUACACUUCUAGCGUCAACUAUUUCGUCUCAGACGGUGUUUGAAGCAUGA